AUUUGGUUGCACCGUCAUGGCGUCUGUCUGUGUUUAUGAGCGGAUGAUAUGCGGUUGACGAAAGUACUUUCGAGUCGAUCGCAACGGCGUGGGAAAACGACGAACUGUUCUUGAUGGGUAGUUCUCAAUUCGCUUGCAGCGAUGGAUAUUGACAGUGAUUUAGACCUUAAUUUGCUGCAACAGUUUAGCUGCCUAGGAACGACCGACCGUGAUGUUUUAAUUUGCCAACUUCAGAAGGUACUUGGCUACCAGCUCAACACUACAGAAUGUGCGUUCUUUCUGGACAUGAACAAUUGGAACCUACAAGCUGCAGUCUGCUCCUAUUUUGAUAUCGACGCCCCCAAGGAGAAUGGACCCUCUAUGACCCUCAUAAAGGAUGUUACCAUUGGCGAUGGGGAAGCUGUACCUCCGAAUACGAGGUUCAUCAAGACGUGGAGGAUACAGAACACAGGGGACACUGACUGGCCGCCUGCGUGCUCGCUCAAAUUUGUUGGCGGUGACCACUUAGGACACAUGAACAGAGUCAGCGUGGAGAGUCUGAGGCCAGGCCACACGACAGACGUUUCUGUGGAAAUGUCAAGUCCUGGAAAGCCAGGUGUUUACCAGGGCCAGUGGCGGAUGGCCACGAUGGGAGGCCAGGUGUUUGGUGAGGUCAUCUGGGCCAUCUUGACAGUGGCCGAAGGGGGUCUGCUGGCAGUCACCCAACAGAUGGAAGCCUUCCACCAGCUGGGCUCACCCACCCACAACAGCGUGCCCUGCCCCACAGCUGCCAACCCCUUCGCAUCGCCUAAAGCUGCAGAAUUGGCCACAGCAUGUGAACAGUCACCCUCUCCAUAUUCUGGCUUUCCUGUCACCCGCAUUGACUGCCCUGCCAUCCGUCAUUGCCAGAACAGUGAACCUCAUCCUCCCAUGCAGUCUGGCAUUCAUGAUCCUGUCCCAGGUGAGACAGUGAUCCAGUGCCCACCACCCACUUAUGAGCACGGCCAGGACGAGAUGAUGUCCUGAGAGAAUGCCUCCAUGGUUGUUGUCAUCCUCCUGUGCGUCCGUGCCCCUAACGUUCCUUUUCUUGGCCACCGAGGGGCACCAGAUAUGUGCUGUCACGAGUGUGCAUAUGUUGUGUGAAGCCCCCGGGUUUGUGCGUGUGUGUUCUUGUUUGGCUGCAUGUGUGUGUGUGUGUGUGUGUAUACACUUUGAAGGCGCAGGUAGGUGACUGACUGCGUGGCUGCCCUUUUAAAAAACGUUUUUCCCAUUCUAGUGACAGUGGUAUUCAGUGCUUUGGGCUAACUGCUGAGUGGUUCUAUUGACUUUGAUGUGAACGGCUACAAUGUAUUGUUGCACUAUCUUUUACUGUGGAUAUGAAGUGUGAUGUUAGACUGCCGAUACUAAGCUGUGAUGGCUCCAGCCUUGAAGAUUGAUGGAAGUCUCCUAGUACACUGCAUCAGACCAAGGUCAGCAAAAAGGGCUGAUGCGGGCUAAUAAAUAGGAUGUCCUUGAGCUCUUUGCACUGUGUCCCUCUUGAUAAACGGCUGUUGAUACACAACAGUUGCAGUUAGUUUGAGAGGCUAGGCUAGCGCAUAUAGAACAUCUUGUACUCUAAAUAAAAGCAUCUUUAAAGGUGCUACGAGUACUAUAUAAGAAUGAGAAUUUCUUCUGAAUCCAUCUGCUGCAGCUGUUGUUUAUUUUCUACUGUGUGAGACGGUAUGCUGCUGGUACCCCAGAGUCAGCAUGGAAGUGCUCAGCCACUUUUUGUGUUCACCCAAUUCAAAAGUGGGUGUAUCACUUUAUCUCUUUUGUCAAUGCAGCCAGGCGUUGUUUGCAGUCUUGACUUCUGUUUUCUGGUCUUUGGCAAGUAAUUUCACAGCCUCGAUAAAUUAAAAAAACGACUGCCACAUUUGCACCGGCAGUGCUCACCUCAAUGGGCAAGGCUGGCGUGUUCACAGUUUUGUGCCGACAGCCGUAAUUUUUGUUGCAUUUGCUUAUGAUCCCAUUUGUUCUAAAUGUGUCUUGUACAGCAACACUGGUCUUGAGGCUUGUAGACAGCAGUAGUGAUUGGCUGCGCGAGCAUGUUGGUUUGCUUCUGUGUAAUUUUUGUUUUAUUCUGUAGCGGGGACAAAAAUAAGUGCAAAUUUAAGCCGUUGCAAUGAUGAUGCAUGUUUGUGUUAUUAGAUACUUCUUUUUUUCCUCUGAUUUUGGCUGAGGCUGAACCCCACUUUUGGAUUUCCUGUGACAUAUGGUUGGUGCUAGCAGUGCUACACUAUGACUUGUUUCUUUUUUUGUCAGCGCAAAACAGUUAAUAUUGGAACAAAAUUGCUGGCUUAUAAACUUUUGGACGGUACUUGAUACUGUCUCUGCAAGAAAGUUUCCGAACAAUGUUUUUCUUGUGCUUUGUUUUCAGAUGUACACAUUAUUUCAUAUGUUGCUGUCACUAUAUUCUGUCCUGUUGCUGUUGGGAGGAGCGUUUGCCACUGUAUUGUUUUCACCAUCUAGAUAAUGCUAUUUCUAGCAGACAGCUCGACAUGCUGCUAGAAACAGCUGGUGACAGCAUGGCCAGUGACAGUGUUCAGUACACGUUUCGAGUAUGUUCGGAUACUCGUCUUCUGUUGCCUGCAGACACAUGGACCUGUGUCUUGCAGAGUCUGAUUUGCACGCCCAGCAGGGAGCCAGCCGUCUCAGCUUUUGUCAACACGCUUGCAUUUCUUGUCGCCCGCCCAGUGUUUUUGUGCAAAAGCUUGUGCAUGUUUUAUCACACGUGCAAGAACAGAGUUGUUUGAAAUAGAUUUAUUUAGCUUUCCGUUGCCCUCAUUUUUUUAUGGACAUUGUUGUGAAUGGUCAUGGCACACAAUGUACUAUAGUAGUCUGUUGCAACAAGGCCUCGAAACUGUAGUUCUCUACUUGCAGUCCGGUGGACUACGUAGUAGUGUGCAGUGCACAUAGUGUUUCUAUGCCAUCCCAAACUCUUCUUCUUCCUCCUGGAGAGAGUAUGCAGCUGUAGUUGUGAGUAGCUGUACCUCUAGGGUUUCACACGAACAAGGACAUUUUAUAUUAUGGAUGCCUGUUUCUUCCCCUUUCCCCACUAGGGUACAUGUCAAUAACCUUUCAUGCUACAGGAAACGCCUUUGUGAAGAGUUUUCUGGAAAAUGGAAUUAUCAUUUGGUUUUUAUAAAACUGAUUGCAACAGCUGA